UAGUCUAUCAUCUGGUGAUUGUAUCGUUGUAUUAAGACUAUUCUAGAUUGAUUUUAGAUUCUAGCUAGCAGCAAUAAAGAUUAAUUUAUAAAGAAUAUAGAUGUGAAAAUGGAGAGUCAUGUGGAGUUGAGGAAAUUAAAAAAAGAAAUGUUGCAGAUGAAAUCUGACAUGAAUAUUAAACUGGAGGAGCAGUUUCUGAGAAUUAAGGGACAGAUAGCAGAAAUAAUGAUUGAACUCUCUAAACAAAGGGAAGACAUUGACAGUAUAAAAUCCAACAUUAGAACUUUAGAAAAGCAAUCAUUAGAUAAAGAUCAGGUUGAUAACAAUUUAACUUUGUCUAACGCGGCCAAGAGAGUUGUUAGCAGCUUCAGGAAACAGAGAGAAGGGAAUGAGCAAGCUGUUUCAGCAGUUAAAGUAGAACAGUGUGGGGCUGACAUCAAAUUCCUGAAAACUGAAUUGUUUGAAAUGAAUCAAAGGCUAAAGCAGUCUUCCCUCAAACAAAACCAACAAGAUAAAAAUGUACAAGAUUUGUUGAAUAGACACAGGCGUAUAACAGAAAGAAUUGAUACCUUGUGGGUUUCCAUUCAUCAAAACUCUAACACACAAACAAGAAUACACAGCAAAUUAAAAAGAUUAGAAAAAAAGUUAAACUUUGGGUUUGACUAUGGUAGGAAGUUAGUGGAGGAACAGUUGGCAGAUAUAAAUGAAAAAGUUGAAGAAAAUGAAUACGAUGUCAAGCAAUGCUGGGAAAAGAUUGAUGAGAUUGAAGAUAGAGAGGGAUUUGUUAUGCUAAAUGGUGAGAAGAGAAGACUGGAUGAAGAAAUAGGAAAGCUGGGUUUUGGCGUUGAAGCACUUUGGAUUGAUACAGAUGACACAAAGGAGAAAUGUGCGGGCCUUAAAGAUGAUCUUGAAAAAUUACGUGUAGAUUUUUUAACAGAACAGAAUGCUUGGUCCAGCCUGAGUAUAUCACCUAACACAGACCUGAACCACCAACAUGUUGUUAAAGCCCUCAGAGAUAUAGGACUUAAAAUAACACGCUUGCAAGCAGCCGUUGAAAAUUUACAGACACUUUUUCUAGAAUCCGACACCGGCAAAAUUUCUUCUGAAACUUUAGCAGCUGAUUGUCUUAAAAAUUUCCAAACUCUUUGGUCACAGGCUAGGUGUGUGCCAUAUUAUGAUUUUAACACUGACAGUGAUAGUGAGAUCAGUAGCAACAAUUCAUCCAAGUAGGUCGUUGUAUGGUGGCUGGCACGGGAAGAUAUUAUGGGAUACUGAACAUGAAUGCAAGUCCAAAAAUAUUUUUUUUUUUGGAAUUAUUUAUCUCUUUAUAUGGCAAUUUAUACUAUACAAAUUAUUGUAAUUUCAAAAUAAUUAAUUGAAAACAUAUUUAUAUUUACUUAAAAAUCUGCCAUUCUCCAAUGUUGGUUUAUACGCUUCUGUAUCACUCAUUCCCCCCGCCAUCUGUGCACUUAAUUCAAAGGGUGUAUUUGGACUGUAAAUGUUGUAUAAUUCAUGUCCAUCUCCCUCAAACCCACCAACUGAAAACUUGAUUCUACCACAAUGUACUCAGUGCUAGACUUCCUGAAUGUAUUGAGUUUAAGCCCCUGAAUGUAUUCAGUGCUAGACUUCCUGAAUGUAUUGAGUUUAAGCCCCUGAAUGUAUUCAGUGCUAGACUUGCUGAAUGUAUUGAGUUUAAGCCCCUGAAUGUAUUCAGUGCUAGACUUCCUGAAUGUAUUGAGUUUAAGCCCCUGAAUGUAUUCAGUGCUAGACUUGCUGAAUGUAUUGAGUUUAAGCCCCUGAAUGUAUUCAGUGCUAGACUUCCUGAAUGUAUUGAGU